AAUUUGAUGUUCUAUCUUAAAAGUUCAACUUGAUUAAUAUGUUGGUUCUAUAUUUCAGAAACUAUUUGAUGUUGAAUUUAUUCAUUAACACAGUAUAGAUAACUAAUUUGUAUGGCUGUAGUUUGUAUAGAGUUCAUGAAUCUUUGCUAUAUAAAGAAGUGUUAUUUGAGCAUUUCUUCUUCAAUCUUAAGCAGUAAAAUGAUGGAUGAGCUUGUAAGUACAGCUUUUGCUAUCUUGAUAGUGAUUGCGUCUAUAUUCUGCUAUUCAUGGAUAUUCAAAAAACCAAGUAAAGAAACGGCCUUGCUACCACCAGGGCCUAGAGGUUUGCCAAUUCUUGGAUAUUUACCAUUUCUGCGCACAAACUUGCACCGUCAGUUCACGGAAUUGGCUCAUCACUAUGGCCCAAUCUACCGGCUAUGGCUUGGAAAGAAACUAUGUUUAGUUAUCAAUUCUCCGAGCCUGAUUAAAGAAGUUGUUCGAGAUCAAGACACGAUUUUAGCCAACCAUGAUGCACCUGUCGCAGGAUUGAUUUCAACUUACGGCGGAAUGGAUGUUCUUUGGUCGCCCUAUGGCCCUUAUUGGCGCGAUAUGCGUAAAUUGUUCGUACGAGAAUUGCUGAGUAACAACAAUCUUGAGGCUUCCUACAACAUGCGAAAAGACGAGGUCAGAAAGGCUAUCAGAAAUGUGUACACAAAAAUUGGCACCAGCAUAGAAAUUGGGGAGUUGGCUUUUGUUACUGAAUUCAACGUUGUAAUGAACUUGUUGUGGGGCGGCACAAUUGACGGGCACAAGCGGGCCGAGUUUCGUAAAGUAGCAUCAAAAGUUGUUGAUUUGAUUGGAAAACCAAACAUUUCUGAUUUUUUUCCAGUUCUUGCCAGGUUUGACAUUCAAGGAAUAGCAAAAGAGAUGAAGAAUUGUUUGGCACAUAUUGACGGGAUUCUUGAUAACGUCAUAAAUGAACAUAUGAAGACGGAUUCUAGUGGAGGUGAAGAAGAUAACAGAAAGAACGACUUUCUGCAAAUUCUUCUAGAGCUGAAGGAGAAGAAUACCUCAAUUAACCUGAUUCAAAUAAAGGCCAUAUUGGUGGACAUCGCUAUAGGGGGGACGGACACAACGGCAACAACAGUCGAGUGGGUAAUGACAGAGAUUUUGCGGAAUCCAGAUGUAAUAAAAACGGUGCAACAAGAAUUAACAAAUGUUGUCGGGAUAAACAAAUCAGUGGAAGAAUUCCAUGUUGCGAAACUGAAGUAUCUUGAUGCAGUUGUGAAGGAAACAUUCCGCCUACAUCCUCCACUUCCCCUCUUGGUCCCAAGAAUUUCGAGCGAAUCUUGCACCGUCGGGCGAUAUACUAUACCAAAGGGUUCUCGUGUCUUUCUGAAUACAUGGUCAGUGCAAAUGGAUCCACAGAUUUGGGAGAAUCCAUCGGAAUUUAGGCCGAAAAGAUUUUUGAACGGCGACGGUGGCAAAUUGUGGGACUAUUUGGGAAACAGUCUUGAAUAUCUUCCAUUUGGAUCAGGAAGAAGGAUAUGUCCCGGCCUUCACCUAGCAGAGAAAAUGGUAAUGUACGUCCUAGCUUCACUUCUGCAUUCAUUUGAUUGGACAAUACCGGAGGGCCAAAAUCUUGAUGUCUCAGAGACAUUUGGAAUUGUGAUGAGGAAAACUGAACCAUUAUUUGCUAUUCCUUCUCCGAGAUUGUCUAAUUUAAGUCUGUAUGCAUAAUCAUGUUAUAUGUUGAACAUUAGGCGGCUUGAUAUUUUGUUAAUCCGUAUGCCAUGUGUUCAGCUCCAAUGGUUAUAAGAGUGUACUGAUUGUGAGAAAUAAUUAAGUGGUCCUCAUUAUCGUUUCC